CAGACGCUGCGACAACAUCAUAGGAAACCAUCCUAACGGAUGGCUGCCGUCGUUCUUACACUCUGAAAUUUGUCUUUUUUUACUUGGUGGAAGAGUGCUAUGUCUUCAGGAAUGACGGGACAAACGCGCUGCCUAACGAGUCGUUGGGAUAAGCCAGCCCAGUCUAAAGAGAGUGUAGAUGUGCAGCAGCAGAGGAGUGUUGGAAAUGCAGCUCUCCCUGUUUCCAUACCAGGAGUCUGUGGCUCUUCUGGACCGACCAGCACCGUCUCGCAGUCACCGGAAACAGGAGAAAAGCCGGCGCAGGGAGGAGUCGAGCUGGCAGCAGCCAUGGCUGCUAAAAUAAAUGCCAUGUUAAUGGCAAAAGGAAAGCUUUUGACCCCUCCGCCAUUGCCUGCAAAGAUGCCCACAAGUGUCCCUGUACCAGCUGCUGUAGAGGAAAUGGUGGUGACAGAAGUCGACAUAAAUGAUGUGCCGUUAAAUAGCAGAGACCUUCUUACCAAAGGCAAAACGCAAGAGGAGAUCAGAUUGUUCAGUGGAGCUGUGGUCUCGACUAAAGGUCAUUACAUGACAGACGUUGAAAAGGGAAUAAUAGGAGGGCAGAGACCGUUGUAUCUGCACGUUCAGGGAAAAACUCAGGAGCAUGUCAACAAGGCUGUGUUGAGGAUAAAGGAGAUCAUUUCUGAAGAUGUGUUGAGAGCCUCGGCAGAAUCAGGACAGCAGGUUCCAGUGAUCCCCCCGCUCACCCUUUACCCUCAGCCUCCUCGGCCAGUUAUCACCUCUCCUGUGCCACGAAUGCCCAACACGAACUCUCUGCCGGGUCUAGGACACCGACCAGCAGCUCCUCACACAGGGAGUUUUGUGCACACAAAGAUCUUUGUGGGUUUGGACCAAGCAUUGCCUUCAUUCAACGUAAAGGAAAAGGUUGAAGGUCCAUCAGGGACGUACCUGACUCACAUCCAGACUGAGACGGGGGCUCGGAUCUUCCUCAGGGGGAAAGGAUCUGGUUACAUAGAACAAGCAUCCAAACGCGAGUCUUUUGAGCCUCUUUACAUCUACAUCAGUCACCCAAACACAGCUGGUCUGGAGUCUGCAAAGAAACUUACAGAGAGCCUGCUGGAAACUGUGAGAGCUGAACACGCCCAGAUGGUGUCGAUGUACACUGCCACAGGCUCGACACAACCUCACGGAUAUCCAUCCAACAGCAGCUACGCUAACCAGGCGUCCUGGUAUAACUACCCAGCCAACGGGUAUGUUGGCGGCUACGCUGCAUAUCCUGGAGCCACUGGUUAUUGGAGUAAUCCUGAUGGUUCCCCGAGUAACGUAUCCACCAACCCACCAUCUUCUCAGACCAUGGUCCAGUAUCCGGUGUGUCCCAGGAAACCACAUCCAUACCUUGUCCAGGACCCAGGCAGCAGUGAGACGGUGGAGCCUGAAGGGUCUUUGAGCCCCGCAGCUGACACAGGAAGUCCCAAACGUCAUGUUCAGACGGGGGCAGCGGACGAGCAGCUUGGCAGCUGCUCUCCAGAGGGUCCUGUUCACCCGGAGUCCACGCUCCCUUCCUCCAGUGUUGAAGAGAAAGCAGAGAGAGUUCUGAUGCCUCCACCUCCGCCUCCCUUUGUGGCUCCGGCUCCUGUGACGCGCAAGAGGCCGAUGGAUGCUGCGACAGAGGAUCCGCCGGGCCUGCAGAACGCCGCCGUGUCAUUGGAUGUUGAAGAAGACGUGUGCGUGAAAAGGAUCAAGGUGAACCUGGACACUUCGGGGCUCGUGCCCUACGACGGAGACUCCUCAGACGAGGAGGAUGAGAGGACUCACAGCAGUAAGACAGAAAACUCAUGACCUCAGCUGGCCCCCAUUGUCCCGAAAUACUCAGUCACUUAAAGUCCGAUGUGUCAACAUCAGGCCCAAACUGUCCAGAAAAGGAAAAGUCUACCCUUUAAACACUGUGCACAAAAUACAGCAACUUAAAGUCACCUCUCACUGCGCUGCGGCUGUUGGAGACGUUCAGGUGUCUCAAAACGGCAACAAAUUUUCUGUUGUGGUCUCACCGAAUUCUGGAUGUUAGCCAGAGAGUCUCUGCUGCUCACGCACGGAAACAGACACAAACGCUUUGAGACAUUCUGGAGUCUUCCUCGCAGAUUCUGUUCACCAACCAGUCGCAGUCCAGUGACAGACAUGCUUCAACAAAACGAGGUUCUGUUCGCUCUUAUGUACUUUAGUUUGAAUCAGUCAGAACCUCUUGACCACAUCGAACUGACACGUGGAACCUGUUGGUUUAGUGAGUUGAAGGUGAGCGGAUUUAAACUCCCGCCUCUUCGUGUAGAUGUAGAAAUGUUUGUUCAUCUGUCUGUAAUCAGCCAGUCUUAGUUAUUUUUUAUUUAUGUUUUAAUUUCCCCAUCUUUGUUCUAUUGGUUAGUUUUUCUUCCACCUUUCAUCCAAAUUUAAAUUAUGUCCUUAAAAAAAGGUAAAAUUAAACCUCAUCACUUCAGAACAGUCCAUAUUUAUCAACUACUUUAAAGUCGGGGAGUACAGAGGGUGGACUUUUCCCUUUAAGACGUGAAUAC